CGUCAACAUUAUCCUUUCGGUGUCUGUUUGGAAUAAAAAAUGAAAGAUUGCACAGUAAGUCUUAUUCUGAAGGCUGAUACAUACGAAGCAAGAAUGUAGUAGUCGUUCCGCUGGUGGACACGGUUGUUUUUAUUAUUCGGUAGAAACGACAGUUUGUUUUAUUCGAUAAAACAAACUGCCAUUUCUACCGUGCUGUCGAGAUUGAGUUAUUCUCCCGGAGUUGGCACUUUAUUUCUCGGUAAGUAUAAAUUGUUGUGGAUAAUGGUUGCCGUGAAACUACGAAUUUAUUUAAUAUACAAAUACAUCGUGUUAAUCUGGCUAAACUUUCAAAACAUUUGAAUGUAUGGACCAAAUGAAGAGCGCUGUAUACUCACUGUUAAGUAACUUUAAAAGCACAUCGUGUUAACAUAAAAUAAAAGUUCUUGUUAAUAUAAAAUAAUCUUACUUUUGAAAGAGAAAGGUUAAUGCAUCUGUAUUUCACCCAUAUAUCUGUAAGACUCUUGAAAAACGCCUCUUAAAACCAGCCAAUCAAAAUGAGCCAUCCUUGGUUGCUUGACAACGAGUCAGCCAAUCAGCAUGCUGUUUUGGUUUGCAGCAGUAGCGUGUUUCUGGCUUCAGGAGCUGCUCCUGUGUUUUGAAGAAAAACUGCAACUGAAAGCGGAACAGACUGCAAAUGUGGAUUCUGUGUGUGUCUUAGUGUGUGCUUCACACGUGGUAGAUGAUCCAGGCACGUAGCGUGAAGGCAGCACUGCAACGAUGCCGGAGUCUUCUGUGGUCAAGGACGUUUACAGCAGCUCUGCUGAAUGUAGAACGUCCCCCCUGAGGCAGAUUUACCAAUCAUCGCUGCUGCUGCACAGAAACUCCUGCAUGUUUGGAUCUUUCUGCACAGAGACAAAUGUGCAACAGUGUGCAUUACACAUCAACCAGGAGCUGGCAUCUCUUGGCCUCCAACCCGUUUGUGCACCGUCCGUCAGCUGCUCAGAGCUCAACGCUGUAGCUGUGUUAAACUGCAUGUAUGAACUGAUUCAACGUCAUCACAAAGUUGUCAGAACCCUAGAAAACCUGGAAUUAGAGCAGCAUAAGCUAAACAGCAACGCAGCCGUUCUGCAGCUCGCUAGCACCAGGCUAAAGGAAGAGCUUGAAGUUUCCAAAAGAGAAAACAUAGGUCUUGUGGAAAAAGAGCGGCAGCUGCAGGUCCAGGUGAAAAGUCUACAGAACCGCGUCAGAAAUGAAAAGGAGGAGGUGCAAAAACUUCAGAACAUCAUUGCAAGUCGGGCGAGUCAGUACAACCAUGAGAUGAAGAGAAAGGAAAGAGAAUUCUACAAACUCAAAGAACGUCUCAAUCAACUUCUGGUUGACAAAAAAGACAAGAAACAAACUAUUGAUGUAUUGAACAACAUUGGUAGAGCGGACGGAAAGAGAAGCCUUUGGAAAACUGACAAGACUGAAGCAAAAUAUUAUUUCAUCUUACUAAAUGAAAGCAUACAUUUGAAUUUAUGUAAUUUAUUUAUGUCUCCUGUGCUAUUUUUAAGACAUGAAGGAGAGAUGUACAAAACUCUGCUGAGUGACUACGACAGCCGCCAGAGGGCGCUGGUGCUGGAAAAUGCAGAACUGAGAAAAGUGUUGCAGCAAAUGAAAAAGGAAAUUGUGUCUCUUUUAGUGUCAAGCAAACUAAAGCUAACAGGGGACAAACAAGAAGAAACCACCACACAGGCUGAUUUAGAGGAAGAAGACAGUCAGGAGGGAACAGAGCUGUUUUGUGUCCAUGCUCGAGAGCAGCUGACCAACAGUAUCCGCCUACAGUGGAGAAGACUCAAGAGUCACGUGGAAAGACUGGACAGCCAAGCAUUUCUGGCCCAAAUGGAUAAGAGUCAGAACUCUGUGGUUGCUGGAGGAGAUCACGAGGAGGAGAUGAACAGACUGAGGCUGGAGAUCCGGCAGUGCAAGGACUUUAUACAAACACAACAACAGCUGCUGCAGCAGCAGUUCAGCUCCCCGUGUGACUCCCUGCUGAGUGACUGCUACAGGUCCCAGGAGAAAGAGCGUCUCAGAGGAGAGUGGAAGAACCUGGAGGAACAGAGGAAGAGCUUUGAGAGGGAGAGAAGGAACUUUACAGAGGCGGCCAUAAGACUGAGCCAAGAGAGGCAGGCCUUUGAAGAGGAUCGUGCCACGUGGCUCAAACACCAGUUUUUAAAUUUGAGUCCAUUUCCUGAUACUAAACCACCAAAAUCUAAAAGUGCCUUCUUGAUAUCAGACACAGAGGCUGGAGCGACGUCAUCUCCAGAAAAGAUCGUGAGGAGCCCGGCGAACACAGCCUCCCCCACGCACGACCUCUGGAACUCAGAAAACAGCCUGUAUGAAAACGGCAGAAACAAAGUCACUCAGGAAGAGAACAGCUCUGUGUGACAUGGAGUCAAACUUGGUCUUUUUCCUUUUUUGUAACUUCAUCUUCAAAUAUACACACACUACACAUACACUAGCUUGUAUCUAACUACAGUUCUGACUGUUGUUUUGAACAUCAACAAAACGUUUCUUCCUCUGAUGCUGCAGUAGAAACGUUGUCUAAAAUGAUCUUUUAAAACUUCAAUGUAUUUUUAAAGGUAUCAUUAACAACAAGUUUCUCAUUUAAAGGGUGGAUGUGGAUGUAAUUUAUAUUAUGCUGAUAUUAUUUAUUACAGUAGGUUUCGUUCUUUGUACUUUCUUUAUAGUUUAUAAAGUAGCGAUAAUCUCGGGACUAAAGACUAAAUAAUAAGAAUGUAUAUGUUUGGCUGUUAAUUCAAUGUGAUAAAGGAAUUUAAAUGAUGUCAUUAGUGCAAAGUGCAAAAAGAAAAAAUACUAUUCAAUAUGAAUUUUGCUUUUGUCAUUUUCCAGAGUAAAAAAUAGCUUAAAUACAAUGAUGAAUUAAAAUAUGUUUAUUUUGUGCUGUUUAAAGGUGUCAGAGUGAAUGUACUUUCUUUUCAUUUUUAUUUUCUUUCCCUUGUUUUAAUUCACAUUUUAUUUUUAGUAUUCCAUGCAUCAGCAGUGUUUCUCAAACAUUGGGUUGUGACCCAUAACUGGCUCUGAAGAGAUAAUUUAGCUAUGCUGCACAAAUUGCAGAACACAAGCUGAACAUAAACUGAAAAGCUCUUCCACUGAAUAGAAACUAAAACAUCAAGCAGGUCUCUUUGUGGAAUAUAGUAUGUGUACUACUAUGACAGGCUUUUAAUUGUACAUUUACUGCUAAAGAGUAUUUUCUUCUAAUCUAAAUAAAAACUUAUCUGUUCA